CGCGGCGCAGCAGCUGCAGCCGGGGAGCGGAUGCCGCCGCGGACAUGGACAGUUCGGGGAAGAGGGAGAACCCGCUGGGGGCCGCCGGGCUGUGCUCCAAACUCUUCCUGUGCUGGCUAACCCCGCUGCUCCACCUCGGCCGCAAACAGCAGCUCGAUGAAGGCGACAUGUACAGCGUUCUUCCCGAGGACCGCUCUGAAACCUUGGGAGAGGAGCUGCAGAGACAUUGGGACUAUGAAGUCAAACGGGCAACCAAGGAGCUGCGAAAGCCCCGACUCUCCAGAGUUCUCAUCAAAAGUUAUGGAUGGUCGUACGCAGCGGCAGGGCUGUAUUCGUUUUCACUCGAAGCGAUCAAGGUGAUCCAGCCUCUCCUGCUGGGGCAAAUAAUCCAGUACUUUGAGAGUUACAACCCAGAAGACCAGUCCAGCCUUAACCUGGUCUAUGCUUACAGCACCGCCAUGUCUCUCUCCACCUUUGGGCUGACCAUUCUCCAACACCUCUACUACUAUCAUGUGCUGAGAAUUGGCAUGAGGAUUAGGGUGGCCAUGUGCCACAUGAUCUACAAGAAGGCUCUUUGUCUCAGCAGCGAGUCGAUGGGUCGAACGACCACGGGGCAAAUAGUGAACCUGCUUUCCAACGACGUCAAUCGCUUCGAUGAGAUCACUCUCAACCUGCACUACUUGUGGGUGGGACCCCUGCAGGCUCUGGUCAUCCUGGUUUUCCUCUGGUACGAGAUCGGCAUCUCCUGUCUAGCAGGUGUAGCCACAAUUGCACUCAUGAUGCCCAUCCAGACUUGGUUUGGAAAACUCUUUGGCAUCUUCAGGAGUAAAACUGCUGUACUUACUGACACCAGGAUCCGCAUCAUGAAUGAAGUGGUGUCCGGCAUCAGGAUAAUCAAGAUGUACGCCUGGGAGAAACCACUUUCUGCUCUGGUGACAGAAGUGCGAAGGAAAGAAAUCCAACAGGUUCUGAAGAGCUCCUACCUACGAGGACUCAACAUGGCCUCCUUCUUCGCCAGCAGCAAGAUCAUCGUCUUCAUCACCUUCACCGUCUACGCUCUGCUCGGCAACAGCAUCACGGCCAGCAGAGUGUUCGUCACCGUGUCCCUCUACGGGACAAUAAAGCUCACCGUCACGCUGUUCUUCCCUCUGGCCAUAGAGAAACUGUCGGAGACCGUCGUGAGCAUCUCCAGGAUCGAGAAUUUCUUGGUCCUGGAAGAAGUUGAGAAAAGAAACAUCCGACUCCAGCUGGAGGAGAAGAAGCAGGAAAACUCUGUUGAGCUUGAGAAGAUGACCUGCUUCUGGGAUAAGAGCCUGGACUCGCCUUGUUUGCAGAACAUUUCCCUCCAAGCGAAGCCACAGCAGCUCCUGGCUGUUAUUGGACCAGUCGGAGCUGGAAAGUCUUCCCUGCUGAGCGCCAUCCUGGGAGAGCUGUCUGGCGACACGGGGACGCUGGAGGUGAGGGGUCAGCUGACAUACGCCUCCCAGCAGCCCUGGGUUUUUCCCGGAACCGUACGAAGCAACAUCCUGUUCGGCAGGGAACUGAAUCCCAAGAAAUAUGAGAAAGUCCUUCGAGCCUGCGCUCUGAAGAGGGACCUGGAGCUUCUUCCAGAUGGAGACCUGACUCUGAUCGGGGACAGAGGAGCCACUCUCAGCGGCGGGCAGAAGGCCCGGAUCAACCUGGCCAGGGCGGUGUAUCAGGAUGCAGACGUCUAUCUCCUGGAUGAUCCAUUAAGUGCUGUGGAUGCAGAGGUGGCAAAGCAUCUGUUUGAACAGUGUAUCUGUGGUUUGCUGAAGAACAAGUGUCGCAUCCUGGUCACACAUCAGUUGCAGUUUCUGAGGACGGCUGACCAGAUUUUGGUCCUCAGAGAGGGUCACAUCAUGGCUCAGGGAACCUUCAGGGAGCUGCAGAGGUCAGGCCUGGACAUGGUGGCAGUGCUGGGACAGGAUGAGGACCAGGAGCAGAUCCAAUCGACGGAACCGGAAAAAGCUUCGCUGCACAGCCAGAGGACCAAUUUCUCACUGGAUUCCCACUGUUCCCGCAGCAGCCUGCUGCCCUCGGACAACUCCCCCGACCAGCUCCCUGUUGAACCGGUUCGCACCGUUGCCGAGGAGACUCGAGCCGAGGGAAAUGUCGGCGGCCAUAUUUACCUGAAGUAUUUCACUGCGGGCUGCAACCCUCUGGGUUUAGUAGCGAUCGUCCUGCUGAGCAUUAUUGCAGAGGUGGCUUAUAUUCUUCAGGACUGGUGGCUGGUUUACUGGUCAAAGGAGGAGUUCUCCAACAGCACAGACAGUCCAGUCAGUAUAGAAAACGGGAUCAACGUGACUCGCUCCGACGGUUUUAACCUCACCUUCUACCUCGGCAUGUACUCAGGUUUGACCGCAGCUGCUGUGGUCUUUGGUUUCAUCAGGAGUUUGGUCAUUUUCCACAGCUUGGUGAAGUCGGCGCAGACGCUGCACAACGGCAUGUUCGGCGCCGUCUUCCGCACUCACGUCCGCUUCUUUGACGUCAACCCCAUCGGAAGAGUUCUCAACAGGUUCUCCAAAGACAUUGGUCAGAUGGACUCCAUGCUCCCCAUCACCUUCGUGGACUUUUAUCAACUCUUCUUACAGAAUGCCGGCGUUGUUGCGGUGGCGGCCUCAGUCAUUCCCCUCAUCCUGGUCCCCGUCAUCCCUCUGCUCCUCUUCUUUCUCUACUUUAGGCGCUACUAUCUGCACACAUCGCGUGACAUCAAACGCCUGGAGUCAACAACUCGGAGUCCGGUUUUCUCCCACCUGUCCUCGUCCCUUCAGGGUCUGUGGACCAUCCGAGCCUUCAGAGCUGAGGAGAGGCUCCGGAAGGUCUUUGAUGCCCACCAGGACCAGCAUUCAGAGGCGUGGUUUCUGUUCCUCAUGAUCUCCCGCUGGUUUGCUCUGAGACUCGACAGCAUUUGCUCCAUUUUCAUCACCUUCACCACAUUCGGAUGCAUCCUAUUCAGAGACGGUUUGGAGGCGGGGCAAGUGGGCCUGGUUCUGACGUACGCUGUCACACUGGUUGGAAACUUCCAGUGGACGGUAAGACAGAGCGCCGAGGUGGAGAACAUGAUGACGUCGGUGGAGAGGGUGGUGGAGUACACGGAGCUGGAGAGCGAAGCAGCCUGGGAAACCCAGAGGCGUCCUCCACCGGAUUGGCCGAGCCAAGGAAUGGUGUCCUUCAACCGGGUGAACUUUUCCCACAGCCCAGACGGGCCUCUGGUCCUGAAAGACAUCAGCGCCACCUUCCAAGCCAGCGAGAAGGUGGGUGUUGUUGGGAGAACAGGAGCUGGGAAAAGCUCCCUGAUCUCAGCUCUGUUCCGCCUGGCUGAACCUCAGGGAGAGAUCUACAUCGACGGCGUCCUGACCUCUGAGAUCGGCCUCCAUGACCUGCGCCAGAAGAUGUCCAUCAUUCCUCAAGACCCGGUUCUCUUCACCGACACUGUGAGGAAGAACCUGGACCCGUUCAGCCAGCACACCGAUGAAGCUCUGUGGCAGGCCCUCCAGGAGGUGCAGCUGAAGCCUGCAGUGGAGGAGCUGCCCCAGAAGCUGGAGACGGUUCUGGCCGAGUCCGGCUCCAACUUCAGCGUGGGUCAGAGGCAGCUGGUGUGUUUGGCCAGAGCCAUCUUGAGGAAGAACCGCAUCCUCAUCAUCGACGAGGCCACGGCCAACGUGGACCCGAGGACGGACGAGUUGAUCCAGAAAACCAUUCGGGAGAAAUUCAGAGCGUGCACCGUGAUCACCAUCGCUCACCGCCUCAACACCAUCAUCGACAGCGACCGCAUACUGGUGCUGGACAGUGGCUGCAUCCAGGAAUUAGACCGACCCUUCAUCCUGCUGCAGAACAAAGAGGGAGCUCUGUACAAGCUGGUGCAGCAGACGGGCCGGGCGGAGGCAGCAGCCCUGCUGGAGGCCACCAAACAGGCAGCACAGAGAGCAGAGCCGUCCUGAUGGGCUGCAGACUCUGAACACAGGUGAGGCGGGAACAAGGCGGAGCCUCCAAACUGACGGAUUUCACGCUCCAGAAACGGCUUUCAGUGAAAUGAACUCAUGAUUCAAAUGUUUUUAAUGAAACACAAAGAUGGAAAAAAU